AUGAUCCAAGAACUAGAUGCAUUGGCUCGAACUAACACUUGGCAGGUUUAUAAGGUAAAAUAUAAUCCGGAUGGCAGUGUUGACCGUUACAAAGCUCGAUUGGUCGUGAAAGGGUACACACAAUUAGAGGACAUUGAUUUCUUGGACACGUUUAGUCCAGUGGCAAAACUCACGACAGUUCGUCUCAUUUUGGCUCUGGCCUCCUCUCUGAACUGGGACUUACAGCAAAUGGACAUCUCCAAUGCUUUCUUGAAUGGAGAUUUGUCCGAAGAGAUUUAUAUGCAGAUUCCCCCGGGAUACUCUUCGCAGGCAGACACCUCCCUUUUUGUCAACUUUACUUCUACAGGAAUUGUGGCCAUCCUUGUCUAUGUGGAUGACCUCUUAUUGACUGGUAACAAUCCUACAUUGUUAUCUGCAGCAAAACAGAUUUUACACCAGCAUUUUCAACUGAAAGAUCUUGAUCCCUUGCAUUAUUUCCUUGGUCUCGGGGUUGCUCGUUCUCGCCAAGGUGUGCAAAUCUGUCAACGCAAAUACACUCUUGAAUUGCUAGAGGAUUUUGGUUUCCUUGGCAGCAAACCUCUCGCUACACCUAUGGAUAUACGCGAAAAGCUCUAUGCUGAUUCGGGCACCAUUCUUGAUGAUGCUACUCAUUACAGACAGCUUGUUGGGCGAUUGAUAUACCUGUCCGUCACCAGGCCAGACAUAAGUUUUGCUGUUCAGAAAUUAAGUCAAUACAUGGCUCGUCCUUUUUCUAGUCAUUUGCAGGCUGCUCACCGAGUACUUCGAUAUCUAAAGGGAGCUCCUUCUCAGGGUUUGUUAUUUCCAGGCAAUUCUCCUCUGCGUCUCAGUGGAUACACCGAUGCUGAUUGGGCAUCGUGCCCAGACUCUAGAAGAUCAGUUUCUGGCUACUGUAUCUUUUUGGGUCAUUCUCUCAUAUCAUGGAAAUCCAAGAAACAAGCCAUUGUGUCUCGCAGCAGUGCCGAAAGUGAAUAUCGAGCAAUGGCUCAAGCUUCCUGUGAGUUGUUCUGGUUAUCCGGUUUACUUCGUGAUCUUCACAUUGAUUAUCGAAACCUCUAA